UUCACCGCAGAUGAAGCUGGGAGCAUUGUACUUCUAUUCGAAAGACUAAUUUGGUUGGAAUAUAUGAUGUAGAUCCUUCAUUUCGUGGUCUAGCGGUAUUGAAUCCGGAGUGGUAAGGAGGUAUUUAAAUGUCAACAAGGCACUGGGUUGGAUCAGAGUAAUCAUUAACAGGCAGCUGCAGUCAUUCGUGGCCGUCUCCCGCGCUCUCUCUUUCCUCUUGGAAGAACUUGUGAACACUCGGUACAGUUCGCACGCACUCACUUCUUCACAUCACAACUGACGGGAAACUUUCCAGUCCCGCAAAGUCAGGGGAAAAAGAAACACUCGAGGCAGCGACAGAGGAGGGGCCCUGGGGAGAUGUCAAAAGGACAGUGCCCGGGACGCGGGAAAGGGGAAUUCGUUCACCACGAACAGUCGCUAAAGUUUCCUGAUCGAUUGCUGCGAUCUGUCACAGGUUUUUUUUUCUCUCUCUCUCUCUAAAACCCUGACAACAGGCAGCUCGCUCUGCUCUGACUGAAACCUACACUAAACUACACCCGUCACUUUCUGUCAGAAUUUUGGAAAGUUACAUGACGCACGGAAAUCGCGCUGCCUGCAGUCAAUCUCCGGUCUGUGAACAUAUACCUGAGGACAACAAGAAGGACACAAACUGGGAAAAGCUCUGAUGCGUCUCCGGAAUUAGCCAAACUCUUCAGGGUAUUUAGUGACUGGUUAUCACUUGGUUGCUCUCUCUCUCUGUCUGUCUCGGUGUGUCUCGCUUUUUCUCUGAACAGUCCAGUGGGUAAUUAUUAGUAGAUGUCCUGGAUGGAGGUGCCGGUGUUCUGUUGAGCCUUACGACAAACCUGUGCGAGUAUAAGCGGGCAUGCUGUGUGUAUGUCACUGCAAAGAGCACAUCGCCUCCCUUUGCCAGGCAGCUUAUUGACCACCGCACUGAGCAGGACAUGUCUACCAGGCAGCGGGCAACAGCAUGAAGCCACUAGCGCUCUCCCUGCUCCUUCUCUGGCCAUCCCUCGUCUCUCUGAAUGGGGCAGGGGAUGGGACCUGGGCGAGGUUUGCCAGCCUGCCUUACCCGGAGGACAACCUGUUCCUACAUGAUACCUUCCCUGAGGGCUUCAUGUGGUCUGUGGGCACAUCAGCUUACCAGACAGAAGGGGCCUGGCAGCAGGAUGGAAGAGGAGCGUCCGUCUGGGACACCUUCACCCACAAACAGCUCAGUGUCAACGGGGAUGUGGCCAGUGACAGUUACAAUAACAUAGAGAGGGAUAUUUCCGCCAUCCAAACUUUGGGUGUCACACAUUACCGCUUCUCCAUCGCCUGGGCCAGGAUCUUCCCAGAUGGCCUGCUCUCAAGCCGCAAUGAAGUUGGGCUCAGAUUUUACUCACACUUCAUUCAGAGACUCCGAGAUAUAGGCGUUGAGCCCAUAGUGACUUUGUACCAUUGGGACCUGCCUCAGGCUCUCCAGGACAGGUAUGGAGGCUGGGUUAAUGAAACCUUGGUAGAGCGCUUCAGUGAAUACGCCUGGUUUUGUUUCGAGUCUUUCGGGCACCAGGUGAAGUAUUGGAUCACUAUCGACAAUCCUUACGCCCUGGCUUGGCACGGAUAUGGCACGGGAAAGCUUGCUCCUGGUAUCAAGGGAACCCCACACGUACCAUACACAGUGGCACAUAAUCUGAUUAAGGCACACUCCAAGACUUGGCAUAUCUACAAUGAACAUUUUCGCCAAUCACAGCAAGGUCUCGUGUCAAUUGCUUUGGCUUCUCAUUGGGUUGCGCCAAAAAAUGGGGACAUAACCCCUGAAGCUGUGCAGCUCUGUCAGUGCUCUAUCAACUCUGUACUGGGUUGGUUUGCGAAACCAAUAUUUGUAGAUGGCGAUUAUCCAGAGUGUAUGAAGAAUAACUUCAAAUCGCUGUUGCCAGCUUUUAAUGAUGGAGAGAAAUUGGAAAUAAAGAAAACAGCUGAUUUUUUUGCACUUUCAUUUGGACCACUAAGUUUUCGACUUUUGGACUCAAACCUGUUAUUUAACCAGUCAAAAAAAUAUCUUCUGAGGCAGCUUCUCUAUUGGAUUCACACUGAAUACAACAACUCAAAAAUAUUCAUUGUCGAAAAUGGCUGGGAUGACAGCAGCGGCAGCACGAAGACUGAGGAUGUUUAUAACAUGUAUCCUUUAAAGACCUUUCUCAUGGAUGUACUGAAAGCAAUUAAGUAUGAUGGAGUUGAUGUCAUUGGAUACACAGCAUGGUCACUAGUAGAUGGUUUUGAAUGGGAUGCUGGUUACAAUACCCGACGAGGAUUGUUUUAUAUUGACUUUCAAAGCAAAGAGAAGGAGAGAAUGCCAAAAUCAUCUGCUUUUUUCUAUCAGCAAGUGAUAGAAGACAAGGGAUUCCCACCUAUACCAGAAAACAAACCUAUUACAGGAACCUUCCCCAACAGUUUUGUAUGGGGAAUCUCUGAAGAUGUUAUACAGGUAGAAACAUCUCCUACAACCCCUCAGUUUGUUGAUCGCAAUAUCUACAAAUGGGAUGUUAAUGGCACAGGAAAGUUGCUGAAAGUCAAAGGAGUAAUGGGCCAACUGCGUAAGGCUCAGUGCACUGAUUACAGCACUAUCAGACAAGAAAUUCACCUCUUGAAGAAUACACAUGCCACUCACUUCCAAUUCUCCCUCAACUGGUCACUGAUCCUACCGACUGGCAACACCACACAGGUGACCAGAGCAAACCUGCGCUAUUAUAAAUGCUAUGUCAGUGAGCUUCUACGUGUGAAUGUUACUCCGGUCGUUGUUCUGUAUCAUCCUACUCUUGAAGAUCAGCGUUUGCCAUCAGUGUUAGAGAACAAUGGGGGCUGGAUAAACCCAGAAACAAUUCAGGCUUUCGUGGAAUAUGCCAGGUUAUGUUUCAGACAGCUGGGAAACAAAGUGAAGUUCUGGAUAACAAUGAGUGAGCCAAAUGGCAUAAAGCACAUAGUAGCACACAAACCAAACUUCACCAUUUUAGGCCACAAUUUAAUCAAAGCACAUGCUUUAGUCUGGCAUCUCUAUAACAAUGAAUUUCGUAAGACUCAAAAGGGGCAGAUCUCAGUUUCCCUUCAUGCUGAUUGGGUAGACCCGGCCAACCCUUUCUCUAGGAAUGAUAUAGAAGCAGCUGCUCGAAGUUUAGAGUUUGAUAUCGGUUGGUUUGCAGAGCCUAUUUUUGGCACUGGAGACUACCCAUUCAUCAUGCGAGACUGGCAGAGCCAAAGGCAAAACACUGGAUGGCACAAUUCUUAUUUGCCUUACUUCACCAAUGAAGAGAAAGAGCUAAUCCGUGGCGCUGGUGAUUUUGUGGCAUUGAACCACUACACAACUCAUAUUAUACAUCUAGAAGGUCAAACUGGAGCCCAGACUGGUUAUGAGUUCAAAGUGCAGCACCUGAAAGAUACUACCUGGUUGGCAUCACCAGAUGGAAAAGCAGUUGUGCCAGGAGGUUUACGCAAACUCCUCAGGUGGAUAAAAUCAAAAUAUGGCAACAUCCCAAUUUAUAUCACAUCGAAUGGCAUUGAUGAUGAUUCACCCUCCAAAGACAAGUUGCGUGUUUACUACAUUCAGAGUUACAUUAACGAAGUUUUGAAAGCCUUAAAAUUAGAUGGAGUAAACGUUCGCGGGUAUUUUGCUUGGGCCUUAAGAGAUAUUGAUGAACCAAACUAUGGCUUCUACACUUCUAAUCGAGCAGCUAAGCUCUCUGUUGGACAUUACAGAAGAAUUGUAGAUAAUGGCGGAUUUCCAACAUCAAAAAUCACCAGUACAAAAUGUUAUCAAGACUUAAAUUCUUCUGCAAAAUGCAAUCCUUCAUUCUUCAGAAAACAGUUGCUAAUUUUUGCAUUAUGUAUUUUAAGUGUUUUUACUGCAACUAUGUUUUUAAUUAUUUAUUAUUCGACAAAAAGAUGCAGAAAAUAUAAGUAAAGCAUUCUAUUUAAAGAGGUAUUAACUUGUCUUGAGGAAGGCACUCAUCUAUAGUUUUCCAAGAGUGAUAUGUAAAGAAAUGUUCUUUCUGGUCAAUAAUCUGACUUUAAUUUUUCAUCUAAUUUUCAUUUUCCUUCUAAAAAGUGUUAAACAAUUCUGUCUUAAAGGCAGUGACUCAAAUUUGUAGUCAUUCAAUAAGUAAUGUGACUAAGUCUGGAUAAUAAUUACAUAAUUGGCCAUUGAGCAAUAUUAUAGUCACGCCAUUCUUGUCUUCACCCUACAGCCACAAACACAGGGGAUCAUUUUAAUUUUGUGUUUUGAGUGGUAGCAAAUUGGCAGCAAAUUUUACUCUUUCCCACUUUCUAUUGAAGUCAAUAAAAAUUGGGAAAGUCAGGGAAAGACAUAAUACAUGGUCUGCUGAUUGAAGUUGCCUGUUUUAGACAAUUACCUCAAAUGUCCCUGAACACUCUUCAGCAUUACAUAGCUGUCAAGAAUAAGGAUGUCACCUCCUUCACACAAGGCUAUCUGUAGCUUCCAAAUGAACAACUUGCUUGUGAUCAGCUAACUCAGGACACACCAGAGAUCAAAUAUGGAUAUCUCUUAAUCAGCAGCAGGUAAUGAGUGUAACCAUUGACCAACCAUGCCUCCUGUUGAUGUAAAUUUGAGGAAUAUAAUACAUGUAGUAUAAAUCACUUUAAGCAGAACAGGAGUGUCAAAGAAGUGAUAGAGUUAGAACUUUAAUGCAAUCUUUCAUCUGUAAAUUUAGGUCUAUACCCAACUCAUGAUUCCACUUUUUGUUUUCCAUUUAUUUCAACAUAGAAGAUAUAGUGUACCUGCAAAUCUAAAUUUCCAAUAUGUAUGUGAAGCACCAAGAUCUCAAGGGGAGUUGAUGGCCUCGUGGUAUUAUUAGACGAUUCAGGUAAUGUUCUGGGGACUUGGACUCAAAUCCCAUCAUGGUGGAAUUUGAAUUCAAUAAAACUCUGGAAUAUAGGGUCUAAUGUUGACCAUAAAAUAAUUGCUGGUCAUCAGGAAAAAUCAAUCUAGUUCACUAGUAUCUUUUGUGAGGAAGGAAAUUUACCAUUCUUAUCUGGUCUGGCUUACGUGUGAUUCCAGGCCCACAACAUUGUGGUUGACUCUUAACUGCCCUCUGGAUAAUUACAGUUGGAUAACAAAUGCUGACCUAGCCAGAGGCACCCUCAUCCUGUGAAUGAAUAAAAAUAAAAGUCAAGAGCACUAAACACUAUAAGUUAUUUCUCAGCUUAUUAAUAUCUUGAAAUAUAUGAAGAAAUGUGGGGAGGUCCACUGUGCCAAAGUGCUAUGGAGCAGAUCUCUCAGCUGCCUACCAUUGAUCCCAGCCCAAACUUACAUAGGGCAGACUUCCAGCACCGGUAAAGGAGCAAGAACAACAUUCUCCUCGGGUCUUUGGCCACAAGGGUUCUGGAGAGAGUACAUAAAAAUAAUGUUACCAUUGCUGGAAAGACCGAGAACCAGGGAUCACAGAUUAAAGGUAAAUGGCAACCAAAAGGAAAAGCGACAUGAAGAAAAACUAUUUUACUAAGCAUAAAGUUGGGAUCUGAAAUGCACUGAUUCAGCAUAAGAUGGAGGUAGAUUCAACAGUGGCUUUUACAAGGGAAUUGAAUAAUUACCUGGCGAGAAUAAUAUGUAGAAUUGCAAGCAAAAGGCAAGGGAAUGACAGGAACCAAAUCGCUUAUGCUGAUGGACACAGGCAGGAUGGAUGACCUGGUGUGCUGGAACCAUUCCAUGAAUCUUUAGUUCUCUCUUCAUUGCAUCAGUCACCAGAAAUAUGUAGGACUACUCAUUCAUAGCAUGCAUCAGUGCCUGACCACGCUACAGUGGGGAAUGAUAACAACUCUAUUCUGUAUUUUCUAAUGUGAUCAUUAAUUCCAUACAUUGGACAGGUUGCCAGGGGCAAGAAAUAACUGAUUGGAGAGGGAUAAAAUUGAUGAAUGUCAGCCAAGUCAUACUUACAAGCAAUCUAAU